AUGAGGAAAUUUUGCAGUGAUAGAGUUGAGGGAGAGACGAAGUCGCCAUUGACAGCGUAAGCAUUUCCUUACCUCAAAACAUUUCCCCAACCCAUUCUCCCCACGUGGUUCCAAUAUUCUAAACGAUAGAAUCUUGGUAAAGACAACGAGUCGACCGUGAUUUGUAAGUUUUUUUUUGUCUCCUCAUUGUUUUUCCACAUGGAGCGUUUCUUGCAAACUACUUACUUAACUGUGAUACGGAGCAGAAGAUUCAGCCCGCGACUGAACCUCCAAAACCAAAAUAUUAGACAAAUAGGUUUUUGGGUUUUGGAAUGCGUGCUAUCAAACUCUUAGAGCUGUGAGUACUUUAGGUUCAGUGUUGUUGUUUGAUUAGAGGCCUCGGGCAGAAAGGGGCAAGAUGGCGACGAGGAAACAGGCGAUACCCCUCCUUCCGGGGUACUCGGUGAACCACCCGAUGCCCCUGAAAGGCUCCGAAAGGAAACCAAAGCCGCAGAAUCUGGUACUAUGUAAUGCAUCACGUCUCGUAUAACUGUGUAAAGUAAUUCGAAAAUAACAAGCACCUCACGAGUAACAACAAACCAUCCGCAGAGGAAACGGUGUUGAACUCUUGGAACCAUUAGCAUGAUCCUUAGAUUGUCAAACAUGCAUCCGUAACGUGAACUCCACUCACAGGUCUACUUCAAGAACACCAUGUACGACUUCCCGGCUAAGGAGCAUGAGCCGACUUUUGAUGCUACAGAGACCGCGGAACUAAUGGAAACCAUGAAAAAGCCGGAUUGGAGGUACGUCUUGUAUAGACCGGGUCGGUGUAGGUCUUUCAUCUAAAAUCUAAGUAUACUCAAUUGUUGCAUCAUGAUAAUGAUUAAAGCAGCUGAAAUACUCAGAGGAACGCAUCUUGCCUGUUAAGUGUUGAUGAAAAUAGAUAUCGCUUCAUCGUCUGAUGUAAACGCCACCGCUACUGGGCAUCAGCACCGUUGUAAAUAUCUUCAUGCAGGUUCACCGCGGAGAUGAAGAAUCGGGAGUUUAUCAAGUAUUCGCAGGAAGAGCUGCAGGCUUUCAGACGGGAGGAGGCAAUUCCAACAAACGCUCCGGCGUGGUACUUCCUCAUCUGGUCUUUCGCAUAUUAGAUUUGCAACAAUUAUAGUAAAGAUGGAUAGAUUUUUACCUUCCAGUUCCAAUCGCUGACACGAUUUUUACUCUGACUCUGAUCCACAAGAGGCCUAACAAACCAACGACUGUAUUUCUCCCACGUAAGAACACCUCGCAGGGAACAUUUACAAAAAAUUAAACCCGCUCCACAGGAUCAAGCAUGAUAAGCAAGUAUGCAGAUUCUUCGCUUACACGCAAGAGUCCAUGACAGAAAGCGCCACUGAAAACGCACGAGUCCGAUACGUCACGAUUCUUUACUUCUUGGAGGACGGAACAACGCAAGUUACCGAACGAAAAGUCCAGAACUCAGGUGUUCAAGGUGGCGCAUACAUCUCUCGCCACUGCAUCCCGAAGGCAAAUGGCAGUGGACCUUUGGGUACUACUGGCAUGUUGUGUAGUUUAUUUUGCUUGGAGCGUGUGAUUGUGAAACUUGUUUUUGUAGAUUUUGAGAAUAUAUAAUUAGAUAACUACUUAUCACCACUACAGGUCUGGACGACUUGAAGUGCGGACAGAAUUUGGAGAUCUAUUCGCGCAUCUACCGCGUUGUCGCAUGCGACGCAUUUACACGAUGGUAUUAUGAGAAGAACGGUAUCGACGUUGGUGAGGAAGAGGAGCCGCCAAUCGACGCUUUCACCGCGAAGAAGAUCUUCGAAAAGGAGCAUGCAGAGAAGCCAACCUACAAGGAAGUCGUGGACGGACAGAUCUACAACGAAAAGGUAGUGAUUUUUACGAUAUCUUAUUUUUGCGAUGUUGGAGUCAGUGUCGAAGUGCAAGUGCACUGCAGCUCGCAGUGUCACACAGGAGCAAAAUGUUGUAUGUUGGGAGGGUCCGAAGAAUCUGGUGCAAAUCUACGUCUGAAUCAACCUCAACACAACAUCGAAAUUUAAAUCUAUCAUUUGCCUUCAUCGAUCUUCAACACCAAUUUUUACAGUCAAUCGGCGGAAAUCGAGGAGGAAACAACAAGCUAGAGCAAUUCUUGAAGAACGAUUUGCGAGUUCUCCGUUUCUACUGCUACUGGGACGACAAAACAUUGUACUCAAAAUUUUUCAACAUGAGUCCCUCAUCAGCACUUGCCUAUUUUUUUUCUUUGCAGCUCUCACCUAGGUGCAGGACACUCAGCAAAAUGAAUUCGGUAUAUCCUUGAUGACGAGUGCGAGGUUGAAGACUAGAGUGACACCUGUCAGAAGUGCACAGAAAUAGAUAAAGAACCUCUACAAAAAUGUCAGAUACGGAAGCCGCACGUACUACACACUGUCGUUCUUCAUGGCAGACAACAAUAUCCAAAUCGCAGACAACCAUAUCAGAAACAGCGGAAGAGACCCUUAUCCGGUGUUUUUCAAGAAAGGUAGACUUUUACUUGUUUGAGAAUAAGGGUCGUCCUACACUUCGAACAUAGAAAGAUGCAGCUGCAUGUUAGAAAGCGAAAGAGGGCACUGUAGCCACAUCAUCUGCAGCAUUGAUCGGCAAUUUUGGAUUAGGUGGACUUCAUGAUGUUUGAUGAAAUGUAUCAAUUCCACUUACAUUGUUCGCUUCUUAGGCCCACUCAAGAAGAAGCCGUUGUACAAAAUAUGCCCGGGUAUGCUGGAGCCGGAACCGGAAAUUUACCUGCCGAUGGACCUCGAAGUUGGCGGCACCGUGUCCGUGUUCGGCCGCGACUUGUUCAUCUACGAUUGCGAUCCCUACACCAGGGAAUUCUACAAAAAGUGGCACAACAAGGAACAAGGUUCCAUCGAAAUCCCACAACCACCCAAUUACCGUGUGGAUAUGCCAAUCCCGCCACAUGUCGGCGUCGGAACCGAGGAGGACUCUUUGGGAAGUAAACUUACAUACCUACAAGCAGCUUUUAGCAGCUUGUUCUUGUUUGAGUGAAUCAUGAUUCUCCGUCGAGACUUACUUACAUCGAUUUAGUUUUUUCUUGUGUGUUACGACGACUAUGGAUUCAGUUCCCUACACUCUGCUUUGCCCGACAAAUGCAGGUUGUUUUGCAUUGUGGCCGAAGCCGCCAAAACAGGAUUUGAUGAAGAAGAUGACAAAGGCAGAUAUGAUCCUCCGAUUCGAGGCAGAAAUCGCUAUCCCCGUGUAUCCGGAAGAUACCGACAGAAAAUUCAUCAUUGCUUAUGCGCUGGGUAUCUAUCAACCUUUUUUGUUUUCUUUGUACUUAGCUACUACCGUAUUGCGAGGAAUAUAGACCCAGGUCCCAAAAAAAAAAAAGAUGCUGGUGGCAGCGUGAAUGAAUGAAUGAAUGAAUUGAAUACCAAUACAGUAUAUUCAAUGUUUUGGAUUUUUUUGAAAGAGAGUAAAACGGCAACCAGUAUGGUUCGAAUAAAAAUCGACCCCGAUCAUCAGGUGACGACAAUAUUACUGUAUACGAAAUGAAGAGACGGAAUAGUGGAUUUAUGGAGGGAAAAUUUUCGGAGAAAGGUCGAAAAAAGAAUCCGGUCACUGGAGAAUGGUAGGACGACUUAGAUUUUUUGGCGUCACGGAUGAAGAAUCAGGAUGAUGUGGAAACAAGAGAAAGUUACGUUUAGUCCCCGAAAAGCAGACAGUUGUCUGUCAAAUACACAAAUCCGUUUUACCUGCCAUUUCUGCUUUCAUUUGUUCACUAACAACUGUAACUGCUGCAGGUACAAGUGCACCGACCUGUUCGUCGGCAACACGGUUACGGUAUCAAGCGUAGCCUUCCGAUUGUUGCGACCGGACGAGUACACUCUCUCCUACAUGGAGAGCAAGCCGGAAGAGUACUGCUGGUUGUUAAAUUUCCCGAAGUUCUUCUUCGGAUUAUCAAUACGUAGGUCUCCUACUAGGAGAACGAAGAAGCUCUUCCUGAAGUAAACCUGAAAUGUUCUUUACUAUAUCAAGACUUUGGUCAGACAGUUCAGUUAGUGUCUGUUCUGCACGUUUAUCGCGUCUCACUUCUUUAAAUACAGGUUUCCGUUGGCUGAUGUGACGCGUGUUGCGGCCAAGCUGAAAGCGCAUCUAGAGGCAGAGGGUGCUGGACUUGGGGGUUCCUACAGCCCUGACGAGCUCCAGAAGAUGGGCUGCUUGGUUGAUCAAGAGAUCAUCACGCUGCUCCGCAAGUAUGGUGCCCCAGAAAGCACCAACAUCUCUAUGCAGAGUGUCUUUGGUUAAGUACUCACUCACGCUGUAGCGUAACGUGAGAACAGUUGUUGGAUUAGAUGUGAGCGUGGUGACAUAUUCGCGGUCACAGGAUGAGAAUAGCGUGAUAGCCAAGACAAACUUAAGGACUCGAAUCGACCACAGACGGAACUAGUAGGAAACAAAAAGAACUAGAGUUUAACUAUCCACUUCUAGCGCAACCAUAAGAACUGCAAUUGUGUUUAAAAAGAAAGCGACUAACUUAGACUUCAAGUGACUUCGCAUUACGACAAUCGCAACUGACAAGAAAAUUUCGAAUUACAUUACAAAUCUGAUGAGGAAUACCUACGUUACAACAAGUACGACAAACGAUAGUGGAAAAAACGCAACAAUCGACGAUGAAAAUACUCAAAAUUGAUGGAUGGUAGCCAUCCGACAACUAGCGAAAUUUGAUGUUUUGACGAUGCACGUAAAUGACUGAUGAACAGAUAAGAUGGGGGACAUAUUACAAUGUAGUCGAUGUAUUGUUGUACAGGGUGUAAAUGGAGCUUUGUAUAGAAUUAACUUUGAUGUGUGAGAAGAGACUGCCAGGGAAAACGAUUUCGCAUAAUGGUUCUUUCAACACGACACAAGGAACUCAAACUACCACAACAAAUUAAUAUUAGAAAAAGUGAGGAAAACGAAAACUGGAGUUUUGAAAGCGCAUAAAAUGUCAAAAUAGGACUCCAAAAAAUAUAGAUGUAGAGGAUGAUUAAACUGUUGUUACCGGAACUGCAAUUCACCAGCUAGGAUAUUACUUCCUUCGGCUUAACUUUGUAUCUUGGAAUGAAUCCGUGACUAUAGCUCGACGAUGAAUCCAAAAGAAAGCAAAAGAAGGGUAAGAAAGUCGUGUAAAACUUCAUCUGUGCACAACAAGCACAGCCUCAGAUGGAUGAGUCGUCUCCUAGCAGUUGUGAAACCCGCUAGUUGAUGGCAGAG